GGAUUGUUCAACUUUAUCCAACCCAUCUUCCCCCACUAUGAAUCGUGGAUGUGCUGAGAGUGAGAGAGAGAGAGAGAAAGAAAAGAUGUGCUGAGAGUGAGAGAGAGAGAGAGAAAGAAAAGAGAAUGGCGGGCGAAUCGGAUUAUGGAGCUUUCACGGAGAAAUUCAUUAUACAACCAAGCUCUUCCCCUGAUCAGGAACUUCCCUUAAAGGGCCUCACCUUUGCUGUCAAAGACAUAUUUGACAUGGAGGGAUACGUUACUGGGUUUGGAAAUCCUGAUUGGGCACGGACUCAUUCGGCUGCUACGACAACAGCUCCCGCUGUUUUGGCUAUGUUAAGUGGAGGUGCUACAUGUAUGGGUAGAACUGUCAUGGAUGAAAUGGCAUACAGUAUAAAUGGAGAAAACAAGCAUUAUGGGACGCCAAAAAAUAUCUGUUCACCAGAUCGGUUACCUGGAGGAUCUUCAAGUGGAUCAGCCGUUGCAGUUGCUGGAAUGCUGGUAGAUUUCUCCUUGGGUGAGUUGUGCCUUUAUUAUAAGCUUGUUGUUUUUCUACUUAUGCUUCAUAAGUUGGAUCAAAAGGUUUCCUUUGUCACAGGCACCGAUACUGGAGGAAGUGUAAGAGUUCCGGCAUCGUACUGUGGGAUUUUAGGGUUUCGGCCUUCUCAUGGUGUUGUAUCAACCACUGGGGUCAUCCCUUUGGCACAAAGUCUCGACACUGUCGGGUGGUUUGCUAGGGAUGCUGACAUCCUGAACCGAGUCGGACGGGUAUUAUUGCAGUUGCCUGAGGUGGAACCUGUGAAACCUACUCACAUCACUAUUGCAGAAGAUUGUUUCCCACUUCUAAGCAUCCCAAACCAUCGAGUAACUUCAGUCCUUGUUAAAUCGGUGGAGAAGCUAUUUGGUGGUCACAUUGUAAAGUAUGCGUGCCUUGGGGACUAUGUUAAAGACAAAGUUCCGACUUUGAAGCAUUUCAAGGGCGACAGACUGGAGAAUCAAGAAUAUAAUGUUGCGCCCUUGGCUGCUCUCUCAAGUGCCUAUAGGCGGCUUGAAAGGUCCGAAUUCAAGAAUAAUCAUGGUGAGUGGGUUAGUACAAUCAAACCUGAUUUGGGUCCUGGUAUAUCGGAAAGAGUGUGGGCAGCCGUGAGGUCAACAGAUGAAAAUCUCGAUGUCUGCCACUCAGUGAAGACUGAACUGCGUGCUGCUCUCACUGCUCUCUUAGGGGUAUUCUCUAUCUCCUUCUCUCCUUGUUAUCUCAAAAGCCAUGUAACUUCGGACCACGGUAUCCUAGCAAUCCCCACAGUUCCAGGGCUUCCACCAAAAUUGCAAACAGAGCCACCUACAUUGGAAACAUUUCGUUUCAGAGCUUUUAGCUUGUUGUCUAUUGCUGGAAUGUCUAGCUUCUGCCAGGUGAGCAUACCACUUGGAACGUAUGACAAUCUUCCUAUAUCAGUUUCCUUGUUAGCGAAACAUGGAUCUGAUGGGUUCUUGCUGAAUCUUGUUGAGACGCUUUAUGGAACUCUCAGGGAACAAAUUGACAUCGCUCAAGAACUGAGUUACUGAAGUUCUUAACUUGUUAAUGUAAAUCUCUAUUUCUUAUUCGAAUAAAUAUAAGCUUUGGUGCAUUAUUACAUUUCACGACCGUACAUGUAUAUGACCUAGUCUUGACUCUUAAAAUUCACUACUUCUCAAAUUUCACUAAUUUCAAAUUUUACUGGUUUUCAAAUUUUACAAA